AUGUUCGCCAAACCAAGACCCAAAAAGAGCAUUCUGCCUCCGCCAUCUAAGAAGCGAAAGAUGACAUCUGCUGUCGAGGAGGUUAACUUCGACUUUGAGGCGCGACAGGAAUAUUUGACUGGUUUCCAUAAGCGCAAGCAACAGCGUAUCAAGAAUGCUCAAGAAGAGGCUGCCAAGAGGGCUCGCCAGGAGAAGCUGGAAUUGCGAAAACAGAUACGAGAAGAACGAAAGCGCGAUGUCGAAGAGCACGUCCAGACCGUAAACAGAUUAUUGCAGGAGUCGGCAGCUGCUGGAGCAGUUGAGCAGGAAUCUGACGAGGAAGACGGGGAGUGGGACGGUUUUCCUGAUCAGCCAGAGCUGGAUAUUGUUGACCAUGAAGAGGAGUACAUCGACGAAGAUCGUUAUACCACUGUCACGGUCGAAUCUGUUUCUGUGACAAGAGAUGGAUUACACAAACCCCAAGUCGACGAUAAGGAUAAUGAGGAGGACAAAAAGGUUGAAGAACCGAAGGACGAUCAAAAAGCAAAGUCACGACGGGAACCCAAGAAAAAGAAGAAGAAGUUCCGAUACGAGACCAAGUUCGAGAGGCAGUUGACGGAUAAGAAGCAGAGAAUCAAGAAGGCAAAGAGGAGGGCAUGA